UUGAGCUGAGAGCAAAGCUUGAGUUUACCAAACAAGGGGAAGGCAGACGAAAAUAACUGAUAUAACUUUGAACCUCCAUUGUAAGGAAUUUUUGAGGUUAUGAAAUUUAAACCAUUUAAAUGUGACGCAUGGUAACUCGCAAGGACAUUUAUUGUGUGGCUGAACCUUUGAAUUCAUUGGUGAGUUUUUCAGAUCUAUUGAGGCUUUUGCGCCAGCAAGAUAGUAAUAUGUGCAGCAAAUCUUGGUGAUGUUUUGGUUCCGAUUCUGGCUCUUGGUUUCGAAGACAGCACUGGUUUAUGGUGACAUUUUUGCAAUGCUAAAGUGAAGGCAGCUCUACAGCCCAGAAAUUCUUCUCUUUAAGUCCUUUAACCAUCCAUUGCCACUCUCGAAGUCUGAACAUAAAAUCCAGCAACUUGGACCAUGAGGGCAGAUUGUUUAUUACUGGCACUGCAAUGCCUGCUUGGAUUUGUGCAAUAUAGUGGAGCCUUAUCAACUUGCAAUCCUCUAGAUUUGGAACUAAUAAAAAGAAAGCGCAUUGAAGCCAUUCGAGGACAGAUUCUCAGCAAGUUGCGACUGCCUAAGGAACCAGAAGUGGAUGAAGAAGCAGAGGUGGAAAACAUUCCUGUAGAACUCAUAUCAGUCUACAACAGUACGUUGGAGCUUAUUGAAGAACAGUCCGUGGAUCCUGUACUUUCACCUGUAGAAGAAUCUACAGAGGCGGAAUACUAUGCAAAAGAAGUUCACAAGUUCACAAUGAAACAGAUGGAAGAGAACCCAGAAAAGCACUUAUGGUUCAACAUCACAGAGAUGAAGCUCACAUUGGAUCAGCGCAUGAUCACCCAGGCAGAGCUCCGUCUGCGCAUCAAGGAACCAAAUAUAGCUGGUUCCAAGCAGAGACUGGAGCUGUACCAGGGCACUGGGGACACGGCUCGCUACCUGGGAUCACACUUUGUUUCCAAUGAACUGGCCAACAAGUGGCUGUCCUUUGAUGUGACUAAGACCUUGAAUGACUUGCUGGAGAUGACAUCUACUUCUAAGAACCAAAGUGCCAACAUAGAGGAGGAACAAGGAUUUCAGGUGAAGUUGCACUGUGGUUGUGAUAAGCCAAAGUCGGAUUUUCAAUUCAAAAUAACAGGUUUGUCUGGUAUAAGAGGUGAUCAGAAGGAACUAGCCAACCAUGUGCCAAGACCCCACAUUUUAGUGAUGUCACUUCCUGUUGAGCGCCACAGUCAUUUGAAAUCUCGCAACAAACGGCAAGCUGAAACAGAUGGAGUUUGUUCUGAAAAGUCUGAUGGUUGCUGUGUAAGAAGCCUGUAUAUUGACUUUCGCAAAGACCUGGGCUGGAAGUGGAUACAUGAACCUUCUGGCUACUAUGCCAACUAUUGUACUGGCUCUUGCUCUUACUUCUGGACUUCAGAAAAUAAGUACUCACAGGUGCUUGCACUAUAUAGGCAUCAUAAUCCCGGAGCCUCGGCCCAACCUUGCUGUGUACCUCAGGUUCUAGAUCCACUGCCCAUUCUUUACUUUGUGGGGAGGCAACAUAAGGUAGAACAGUUGUCAAAUAUGAUUGUGAAGACCUGCAAGUGUUGCUAACUCUGAGUGCAUCAUUUUCAUGUGGUCCUGGUGUACAAAGACAAAAGAAGAACAUUUAUAACCUAUGAUAUUUUGGGUGAAGGAUGCAUUUGUGAAUAUUUCUUUGAGGAAAAUCAAGUUUCCUGUUAUGUGUAAAUUUUGUCUCCACCCCCUUAUUUUCCACUAUUUUGGAUUGUCUGAAAACAAUUCAAAAUGAACUUUUCCUAGGACAUUUUCCAGAUUGGAAAACAAUGCAGAAAGAUUAAGCAGAGUCCCAAUAUAAAAAGUUAUUAACCGCAUCAAACGGUAUGCCAAAAUAUACGUAGUGGCCGUGGCCACUUUUACGAAAAUGGUUAUAACUCUUUAACGGAUUGAGAUAAUAUCACCACAUAUGGUACACUUAUGAAUGGGACAUUCUGAGGACACACACACAAAACAUUGCAUGCCUCUGCCUCUUAGUGGUGCCAUAAUAAUUAAAUAACUAAAAAUGGCUCUAACUAUGGAACACUUGGUCCGAUUGACUUUUUCAUUGUCCAAAGUGCCAUGUAGGUCUAUGAGGACAGUCACAUAUCUUGAAAAACAUGGCUGCCAUCAACCAAUCAGCUUUUAGCAGCUAUUUGACAAGGUUAAUAAGGUGUAUCGAAAAGAAAAGUGGUAGGCCUAUUUGUCAAUUGGCCUGAGAGAUCUGUGCAAAAUGUGAAAAAAAUUGGCCACUGAGAGGUGCUAUCAUGUUUUAAAUGCGUGUAAAUCGAUGUAUAUACAGCUGUUUUUCACAAACAAACAUAUUGUUCAUAUCAUAUGAUAGACCUUCUUUCUGAACAACUUUGCCUCAAGAACCAUUGGUGUGGCUCAAAUUGUUUGUUAAAUAUUUGAGCAUUAUUUAGCAAAAUUAAUUUUUUGAACUAGUCCUAGGCCAUUUGCCUGAUCGUAACCAAACCAGUGCAGAAACAUCUCUUGAGUCCCAAGAUUAAUAAUUAUCAAAAAAAAUUGAAAAUUCGAUUCAUCAAUGCAAAGUUACACCAAAAUGUAUUUGGGGUUGUGGACACUUUUACUAAAACAGUUAUAACUCUUGAACAGAAUGAGAUUUUAUCACCGAAGUUGGUGCAUACUGUAUGUAUGUGGUCAUUCUGAAGACAUACAAAAAAUUUGUUUCUCUGCCUCUUGGUGACGCUAUAAUAAUUACAAAUGUAAAUAUGGAACCGUUGGUCUGAUCGAAUGAUCGUUCACCCGAUUCUAACAAAUCUGUGCAGAAAGGUUCUCUGGAGUCCCAAUCUCAAUAAUUUUCAAAAUAAGUUUGAACUUUCGAUGCACCGUUGCAACAGUACAUCAAAACGUACAAAGUGGGGUUGGCCAUAUUUUCUUAAAUGGUUAAAAUGCUUGAUUUUCCAUAAGUUUACCAAAUUUAAAACACUUAUUUAGGAGGUCAAUCUGAGGACACAUGAAAAAAAUUGGGUACCUCUGCCUCUUGGUGGCCCUAUAACUGUAAGAAAUGUAAAAAAUACAAUAUCUCUGUGCUAUAUAACCUGAUGUUUCUGAAAAUUAAGGCACUUUAUCAUUGUUUUAGUUGCAAACAGACUGUCUGAUUAACAGGGGUGGAAAGAGUACUGAAAAAUCACAUUCAAUUAGAAUUACUGUUACUUCCCAAAUGUAGUGUAGCUGUCCUAAAAACUAAUCAAGUAAGAGUUAAAGAUUAGCUCAUUUAAAAGUACUCAUGAGUAGUGAGUAUUGAGUACUGAGUUGCGAAACCUAUGCCCCAUUAAAAUUAAAACUGUAUGCCAACUUUUAAAAUACAUCACUCAUCUAUGAUAAACAUUACAUGAAUCUGACAUGAUAACAGAAAUUAAAAGAUUAAUAAGUUAUUUUAAAUACACUGAUCACCAUUUUAAAUCGUAAUGUAUGAAACAAUUCCAUUAAAAUCAGAUUACUGUAUUUGUAGGCUCUAAAUUUCCCUUAAUGCUGACAGAGCAUUAUUGUUGUGCAUAAAACAUGUUCAAACAAUGCAAUGAAUACAAAAAAAAUGCAACAUCAGCAGGAUCACUUGGCAUGUCAUGUCCUGCACAAUAGAGGAGGUAAAGCAGGCAUGGGAAAAGUUGCCACUGUACUGAGCUACAUCAUGUGCAAAAAUGAAAAUGUUCUUAUCAUUUACUCACCCUCAUGCCAUCCUGGAUGUGUAUGACUUUUUUUCUUCUGCUGAACAGAAAUUAAGAAUUUUAGAAGAAUAUCUCUGCUCGUUUGGUCCAUACAAUGAAAGUGAAUCGUUGCUAAAAUAUAGCUCCAUAAAUCACAUCAGUAUAAAAGUAGUCUAAUCCAUGUGCCUCCAGUUGUUUAAUCCAUGUCUUCAGAAGUGAUAUAAUAGAUGUGGUGAGAAACAGAUCAAUAUUUAAUUCCUUUUUUACUAUUAGUUCUCCUCCCUGCUCAGUCAAUCUCCACUUUAAAUUUCACUUUCUUCUUGUGUUUUUGGUGAUUCACAUUCUUCAUGCAUUUCGCCACCUACUGGGCAGAGAGAAGAAUUUGACUUAAAAAUUGAUCUGUUUCCCACCUACACCUGUCAUAUAAUUUCUGAAGAAAUGGAUUAAACCACUGGAGUUGUAUGUAUUACUUCUAUGCUGCUUUUAUGUGCUUUUUGGAGCAUAACAAUUGUGGCACCCCUUCACUUAAAUUGAAUGGUCCUACAGAUACAAUAUGCUUCUAAAAAUCUUAAUUUGUUUUCUGAAGAAAGAAAGUCUAAGACAGAUGGCAUGAGGGUGAGAAUAUUAUGAGAGAAUUUUCAUUUCUUUAAGUAGCACAUGGGGGCCACAUUGUCCUCCUUUUGAAAUACAAUGUUCAACACUGAUUUAGUUAUUUUAUCUUUUAGUCCAAGAAAUAGUUGUGUUCUCAUUCUAAUGCAUGAUGCACAAUUUUCUGAAGUUUGUAACUGGUGGAAUGUUCUGCUGAAGUAUUGCUCUGUAAAGGUUGAUACUUUUUCUACUUUAUUAUACCAAUUAUAAAUGUAGUGGUGUAGUGGUCUAAGCACAUAACUGGUAAUCUGUUAAUCAGAAGGACGCUGGUUCGAGCCCCACAGCCACCACCAUUGUGUCCUUGAGCAAGGCACUUAACUCCAGGUUGCUCCAGGGGGAUUGUCCCUGUAAUAAGGGCUCUGUAAGUUGCUUUGGAUAAAAUUGUAUGCCAAAUGCAUAAAUGUAAAUAUAUGUAACACUCUCUACAUCAGGGGUCAGUAUUAUUAAAAAAUUAACAAUAUAAAAAAAAAAAUUAUAUUAAAAAUAUCACUGUUUUAUUCUAUAACAUUAAUACUUUUAAAGCUACUUAAGUUAUUCGGCCAAAAGUAGUGAGUGGUUUUCUCAUUUCCUUGUUAUUUUUGUUUGAUUAAUAGCCUUUAUUUGACAUAGCCUACUAGACAGUGCUUAAUUCGGUCACAUGUACAAUAUCAAGUCCAACAUUUUGAUGCGAAUACGAUUUUUGUCACACUGUUUUAAUUCACUUUAGAAAUAAACGACUGCGUUUACAUUAAAUCCUCACAAAGACAGGCAUUGGCUGAAUUAUAAAGCGUAUUUGAUAAUUUAGGCGCAAACUCGCAUUAGCACUCAAACAUUAGCUGCCUGUCAAUCAAACAGUGCACAGCUACAAACAUCAGGAAAUAAAAAGUCAAUCUUUAUAUUUCAUCUAGAUCAACCAACCAGUGGUUGCAAUCUUGAUCGAUGUAAUGAUCACCCUUGUUCUAGAUGUAGAACAUAGGCUAAAUAUAGAAAACUACUCAAAAUUUUGAUCGAGGACAUCUCUCUUUUUUCUGAUAAACAUCUAGAUCAUUUUAUUGCCCAGUCCUAUUGAAAACAGUCCAUUAAUCUCUCACAGCAGCCCAAUAAUCUCAGCGAUAGAUAGUUCAAUUACAGGCUACGCUAGAGACACACAGAAUCUAGUAAGCAGAAAUAUGAACUUUACCUCGAUAUGUUUCUUCAAAUUAGAGGCAGGAUUAAUGCUGAUAUCUGGCUUGAGCAAGUUAAACUCACAUGACACGAUCAUGCAAUUGGCAUUUUUUCACAGCGAAAAUCCCUUUCAGGUAUUCUCCACAGUUUGCACCAGAUCUGAAGCUGCCUUUCAAGUUUUUUUACAUGUGAUUUCAUUUGAUGGGAGUCACGAGACUCUCCCUAGUCAAUCAUGUUGAUAGAUAAAAAUAAAAUCAGGACAGGGAGGUAGCGAACACAGACAGUGGGAAAACAGUGCAGUAAAAGUACAGUUACAGCACUCAAAUGUACUCAAGUAAAAUUACAACAUUUUUAAACAACUUAAAAAAGUAAAAUUCUUGUGAAAAUUUGUUAAUUACAGAAUCGUGAGUAUUUGUAAUUCAUUACUUUACACCCCUGCUGAUUAAUACUUAAUAUAAGUUACAUAAUGUAUGUACUUAAAGGACCUUAAAGGCUUGAACCGCAUUAAUUGCUGCUUGCAGCUAUAUUUUACAUUUACAUUUUCUAUAACAGUUUUUAGAUUACUUUUUAUGAUGUGAAUAGCAAUCUACAUAUUGUCUACAUGUUGUCUACAUGUAUUAUGGUCAUUAUUAUUAUUGUUAUUAUUACUGUUUUUUUUAUUUAUCAGUCCCAAUAAAAGUGUUAUUUAGCUUAGUCUUAAAUUAUGACUAAAAGCACCAUGAUUAAUAAGUACACUCUGUAAUUCUAGGGUAACAGUAUGCAUUGCUUUAACUAGUUGUUUUGUUACCUGCGCUGAUUUCAUCUGUUAAAGGGAUAGUUCACCCCAAAAUGUUUAUCCUCUCAUCAUUUACUCAUCCUUAUGCCAUCCCAGAUGUAUAUGACUUUCUUUUUUCUGCUGAACGUGAACAAAGAUUUUUGGAAGAAAAUGUCAGUUGCUUUUUGUAGAUCCUCACAAUGCAAGUGAAUGGGUACCAAAAUUUUAAAGCUCUAAAAUGCACAUAAAGGCAGCAUAAAAGUUAAGACUCCGGUGGUUAAACCUAUAUCUUCAGAAGCAACAUGAUAGGUGUGGAUGUGAUAGAGAUAAAUAUUUAAGUCCUUUUUACUAUAAAUCCUGCCCAGUAGGUGGCAAUAUGCGCAAAGAAUUCGAA